UGUUGCGCCCCUCUAUUGGUCACUGUUUGUAGCUUAUUAAAGCGGAAACGGGCCGGCUCGUGCAGUAAACCCGAGCUUUCCUGUAGAGCGCGUGUUCGUAGGGAGUUAUCAGCGCGAGAGCCGCGUUAUUAUCUCGCUUUAUUCGCUUAAAAAAAAAAGAGCCCGAGCACAACAACGUGGAUGGGGAGGUGAGGUGAGGCGGCGGCGGCGCAUGCGCGGUGGGACUUUGUGCCAUAUUGGAAUGAGGUCGUGAACGACUGAAGGCGGAAAAAAAAGACACGGCAUCUGAAACCGACUUGGAAAAAAACUCCUCAGCGGCGAGAAACGCUUCCAGACUUUAUAUUUGCACGUCGGAGAGCCCGAAGCACCGAACCGGACUGUCGGCCGUGAGAUCCAGUUCCAGAAUGAGUGUAGAAGCACUGGAGUCCGAUGCGGACUCUGGUCAGGACAUGUCUGAGUUUAACUGGGAUGAUUAUCUGGAGGAGACGGGCGCGCUGUCCGUACCCCACCAUGCCUUCAAACACAUGGAUCAGGGGCUGCAGACCGGUCUGGCUCCCGGUAUGAAGCUGGAGGUGCUGGUGCGGAGCGAGGGAGACGAGGCCUACUGGGUCUCCACCAUCAUCACCACAUGUGGGCAGCUGCUGCUGCUUCGCUAUGAGGGAUACCAGGAUGACCGGCGGGCGGAUUUCUGGUGCGACAUCACGACAGCUGACCUGCACCCUAUUGGAUGGAGUAAACAACAGGGUCGACCAAUGAAACCACCGGAAGGUGUUCGGGAGAAGCAUCAGGACUGGGAGGCCCUGCUGGAGAAAGCUCUGUCCCUGUCCGAGUCCUGCAGCGCACCCGCCAGUCUGCUGGAGGGGGCCCAGCGUGGCUGUAACCCUGUAGACCUGCUCAGUACAGGCCUCAGUGUGGAGCUGGUGGAUAACCAGGAUGCAGCAGCGGCUUGGUGUGCAGUGAUCGAGGAUAACGUUGGGGGGCGGCUUCGUCUUCGCUACAGCGGCACUGAGGGGCUUCCUGAUGCCCAAUCCAUCACCUGGGUCUUUUACUUGAACCCCCUGCUCCACUUACCUGGCUGGGCCAAAGAACAUGGCCUCACUUUCAGACCUCCAUCAGCUCUGCUCCCGUUGCGUACUGAGGAAGAAUGGGAGGGAGUGAGACAGACCAUUUCCACCCAGACACAGGACUCCAGCAUCAGUGAAGAAUUCUAUAAGGAUCGACCCGCCAUCACUACACACUGCUUCACCGAGGGAAUGAAGCUGGAGGCAGCAGAUCCUGCUGCACCUUUCACCAUCAGUCCUGCUACUGUUGCUAAGGUGUUUGGUGAUCAGUGGUUCCUGGUGCAGAUGGAUGAUCUGAGGGAGGAAGAGAAGAGAGAGGGUCGUCGAGCGUUUCUGUGCCACAAAGAUAGUCCGGGAAUCUUCCCCACCCAGUGGAGCCUGAAGAAUGGAGUCAAACUCAGCCCUCCACCAGGGUAUCAAGGACAGGACUUUGACUGGGCUGACUAUUUGAAACAGUGUGAGGCAGAAGCAGCUCCGCAGCACUGUUUCCCCCCUGACCCCUCUGAUCAGUGCUUUAAGGAGUCCAUGAUGCUGGAGGCUGUGAACCCUCUUUGUCCAGAAAACAUUCACGUAGCAACAGUUACCAAGGUCAAAGGCCAGCAUAUCUGGAUUCGAUUGGAAGGAGUGAAGCAACCUGUCCCAGAGAUCAUAGUUCAUAUGGACUCUAUGGACAUCUUCCCAGUUAGCUGGUGUGAGACUAACGGUUACCCUCUCCAGUACCCCUGCAAGCCCAAAGUUGAAAAGCAGAAGAAAAUUGCUGUAGUUCAACCAGAAAGACAAGCCCUGUCUAAAGACUCCUCCCCCGAUGCCCUCAAACAGCCCCUCGGCAGCCAAACAGAGAUGAGUCAGGCCAAUGGAAAAUACUGUUGCCCCAAGAUUUAUUUCAACCACAGAUGCUUCUCUGGGCCGUACCUCAACAAGGGACGCAUUGCAGAGCUCCCGCAGUGUGUGGGUCCAGGGAACUGUGUUCUAGUUCUGAAAGAGGUCCUGACCUUGCUGAUAAACUCCGCCUACAAGCCCAGCCGUGUGCUGCGUGAGCUGCAGCUGGACCAGGAGGGCCGGUGGCAGGGCCACGGAGAGACGCUCAAAGCCAAGUAUAAAGGAAAGAGCUACAGGGCGACAGUAGAGAUUGUUCGGACUGCGGACCGCGUGGCCGAGUUCUGCAGGAAGACCUGCAUUAAGUUGGAGUGCUGCCCCAACCUGUUCGGACCACGCAUGGUCCUGGAGCGCUGCUCAGAGAACUGCUCAGUCCUCACCAAAACCAAAUACACUUAUUACUAUGGGAAGAAGAAGAGUCGCCGUGUGGGUCGUCCCCCGGGAGGCCACUCUAACCUGGAGGGGGGUGUGAAGAAGAGAGGCAGGAGGAGGAAGAGGAGGAAGCAGCUCUUUGUCCACAAAAAGAGACGCUCCUCUGCCUCAAUGGACAACACACCUGCAGGGUCUCCUCAGGGAAGUGGUGAUGAGGAAGACCUGGAUGAAGAUGACUCCCUGAGCGAGGACACCGGCUCUGAGCUGCAGGACGAGUUGAUGGACGACUCCGAAUACUCAGAAAAGAAGUCACAGCCUCCGACCCCCUCCCCUUCUCCCCCCGAGACUCCUCGACCCUCCCGCCGCCGCCGCAAAGCUCGCUCUCCAUCGUACUCAGACGACGAGAACAGACCCCCCUCGCCCAAGAGUCCGUAUAGCGAGGCUCCUCAGAAGCUGUGUUUAGACAGCAGUCCGUUAGAAUGGAGCGUCACGGAUGUGGUGCGUUUCAUCAGGACCACUGACUGUGCUCCACUGGCUCGCAUCUUCAUGGACCAGGAGAUCGAUGGUCAGGCCCUGCUGCUGCUGAAUCUGCCCACAGUGCAGGAGUGUAUGGACCUAAAACUGGGUCCCGCCAUUAAACUGUGCCACCAUAUCGAAAGGGUCAAACUGGCAUUUUACCAGCAGUUUGCCAGCUGAGGGUGAUCUUACUCCUGAAGGAAGGAGAGGAGAGUGGGGGGAGGGGGGCAUCAGAGCUUUCCUUUUGCUAUUCCUUUCAGCUUGGUUAGUGUGUGUGUGUGAUGGCAAUAUGCUACUGAUGGGGAAUUGUGUGUAUGUGUGUGUGUGUGUGUGUGUGAGAGAGAGAGUUUGUGUGUGUGUGUGUUUAAUGCUCUCAGAUCAGACUGAAACUUGUUGUACAGUGUAGAUCAAAUUCAUGGAGGUUCUUCGUUGGAAGAUCUUCUGGUUUAAUGUUGGGUUUUAAACUCAGCCAUAGAAAGUCAUAGUCUCAUCUGUUUUUCAUAAAACUCAGCCAAGCUUCUCAUUUCUUGAAACCUUUAAUAAUCGUACACUUUUUAAAAUGAAGGUGCUACAAAAGGUUAUUUGAGUGAUACCAUUUAGAUAACCAUUUUUGUUUCCAUUAAAAAAAAAAUAAUUUAAAUUGGCAUAUUUUUGGCAUUGGCAUAUAUUUUUGAUAGUCUGGAAAUUAAAUGUAUUUUGCAUUGAUGCAAAUGAUACAAAUCCAUUUCAAACCGAAUCCAAAUGUAGUUUGGAUCCAGUUUGCCAAAAAUCCUUUUUUUAUGUGGUUUCUGUCUGUUCAGACUAUGAAAAAUCAAUCUCAAUACAAUCUACAUGUUUGAGCUGGUGGUCUGAACCUGGAAAUUAACAGGUAAGUAAAACCAGGUGUGCUUGAGUUGAAUCCGGACCCCCAGGACUAGAUUUUCCCCACCCCUGUUCUGUGGUAUCGCUCAAAAAAAUCUUUUAUAGCACCUUUAAUUGUUUUUAAAGAGUGUAGAGCGGACGACAAUGCAAGAAUCUUAAGCACAAAGACCAAUUGCCCAUGUACUGUAAGUGGUAUGCAAAAGUGUACAUAGUGGAGUUUGUGUGUACAUACUGUAAAUAGCAGAUAUUCCUUUUAGAGGGACGAAACUGUCCCUGUUUCUGUUUGGUUUUCUACAGAGUUUGAGGAUUACACUGUAAGUAAACGAGAACAUUAUUUUUCAGGCAUCUUCUGCCUGGUGUUUGGUAUUGCUGUGGGAUUUUGUAUAGAUGCUAAUUACACUGUCCCUGCUGUUUGACGCUCAAACGAUCAAACAGAGACGUGUUGCUGAAAAAAAUAAAAAUAAAUCUAAUGUAAUAUAAUGGAUAAUAACAUAACAGAAUUGAAUUGUGAUUGUUGUUGUGGUUAGGAUUCAAGCACAUGAAGGUUCCAGGUUAUUGUAGUCCAUUCUGAUGGUCCAGAUUCCAGGAACUGCUCAAAUUUAUAUACAGUACAGUAAAAUAUGUUUGUCUAAGAUUCAUCAUAAGUGGACCCCUUAAAUAAACUGAAUUUUGAUUGCUUUCAAGAGAAAAAAAAUCCAUACUUUAAUUGCGCAUCCAUUUCCAUCAUUCUUUCAGAAAUAAGCAUUUGUGCUGAAAUGUGAAAGGUGUUUUUGUUGGCAUAUUCUAUGUCUUCUGGCCAUGUUAUAUUUUUGUUUCUUUCCUUUUUCCUCCCAUAUUUUGAGAGUUUGGUCAAAGAAUGUUGGAAUUAUUGUUAAUUUGACCUUUAAAUGUAUAUGUUUGUGAUGUGGUAUUUAAAUGAAAUAAACUAAACCAGAUCUAAUGCCUUGUCUCUUUCAGGAGUGUAAAUAAAAUCACAGUUAAAUCCA